UCUACAUCCCUAUACCUACCCAAUACCUAAACUUAACAGCUACCUUACUAUUAAGCGGCAAAUUUGGAAUUUGUUGAGCCAAAAGUCGUAGUUAUUGGUUUGUAAAUAAUAAGAAUUUGACCUUUAAAUAAAUUGUGACCAAAUUUGUUAGCUGCCGAAAGAAAAUCUUUUGAAAAUCUUGACUUCAAAUAUGACCUGACACUACAACUUCAAACGAUCAAAAACCAGAGGUUUGAAGAAAAACCAGUGACCACAUAAUAUUAUCUAGAUUUAAUAAAAUGUUAUGUAAAUUUUGGUUGAUGGUGAUCAUUUGUAAAAGAAAAAAAAAUGGCUCGUUUACAUUUGACAUUCACAUGUUGAAGUCAAAAUUCAAACACAACUGCAAACUCAGUUUACAUUUGCUUUUCCUAUUUAUGCAGACAACUCAAAAACUUAAAAACACAGAAUAAAUAAUUGCAUUUAUAUAUGCUCAUACAUGCUCAAUGUCAGAAAAACAAGACCUCUUGUUAAGUAUCUUUAAAUCAAUAUUACACUGAUCAGUACUGACACAUGCCAUUACAGUCUAAAAAUGUAAACUAUUUUAGCAUUUUAAAAUUGUUGGAGUCUGUAUGUUAUUGUCAAGUCACACCAAUUACAGAGAGUUUGUGCACGUUUAUUUCACACAAUACUUUUUAUAAAAUUAGCAUUAGUUUCAGGUUUCGGCUCAGGCUGUCCAGAAUGCUUGGUUUCGGCCGGGAUUUUGGAUUUUGAUUCACUGCAAACCAAUUCAAGCCAACCAUAGUCCAGCCCACCUUAUAAUGGGCUAAAGCCACUUUGAGCCAAAAUGAACUGAACAGUUCCACACCAAAUGCUUUAGUACCCUUAAAAACAGCCCUAUGGAUCUGUGUUUUGAUUUGAACUGAAGUGUUAGAGAAGCUCAGUGGCCAUCAACUCACAUAUGCUGGAGAACAAAGGCUUGUGUGUAGAGCUGAAGUUUGUCAGCCUGUUGCUGGCGGAGCACUUCUCUCACACCCUGAUACGAUUUGGCACAACAUCUGCUCUGUCUCUUCCUCUCUAUAAGUCUCGUCUGAUUCUAGUGUUUCAUUUGAAGCUAUUUCAGGUUUUAGGCCUCUUAAAAGUAAAGUCUUUCAGAACUAAACUGAAUUCCUGACAAGAAAUCUUCCCGCUCCCAGCAGCAGAACCGUUAUAUGACUGCUAGAACAGCGCUACUGCUGUAACAUGAUUGAAAUAUUUAACGAAUCAUUCAUCCAAAAGUGAAAAUUCAUGAUAUACUCAUCUUCAAGACCAUUGGCGAUGAUAUUGUGCCUUGCAGCGUUCAAACUACAUGCACCGGGAGGUGCUGCAGAUGGCGGAGCUCUACCCCAACGUGAGAGCUACACCCUGGCGCAUGGUCACCAUCUGGGGCGGGGCCAGUCUGCUGAAGGCCUACCUGCGCAGCAUGCAUGACCUGCUGUCCAUGCUGGACUGGAAAUGGGACUUCUUCAUCAACCUCAGUGCCACCGACUUCCCCACCAGGACCAACGAUGAGCUUGUGACUUUUCUCUCCCAGAACCGUGACAAGAACUUCCUGAAGUCGCACGGCAGAGAGAACGCAAGGUUCAUUAAGAAGCAGGGUUUGGACCGCCUGUUCCACGAAUGUGACAACCACAUGUGGCGUCUGGGCGAGCGCACCAUCCCCGAGGGGCUGGAGGUGUCAGGAGGCUCGGACUGGUUCUCUCUCACGCGCAAGUUUGUGGAGUAUGUGGUAAACUCACAGGACGAGCUGGUGACGGGGCUCAAGCAGUUUUACACCUACGCUCUUCUGCCUGCUGAGUCUUUCUUUCACACAGUGCUGGGAAACAGCCACAUAUGCGAUACUUUGGUCGACAAUAAUCUGCGUGUGACCAACUGGAACCGGAAAUUGGGCUGCAAGUGCCAAUAUAAGCACAUUGUGGACUGGUGCGGCUGUUCACCAAAUGACUUCAAACCCUCAGACCUCAUCAGAAUACAGCAACUAACCCGGCCCACGUUCUUCGCCCGUAAGUUUGAGUCCACGGUGAACCAGGAGUCUAUUGAGAUUCUGGACAAUCAUCUGUAUGGGCAGUACCCUCCAGGCACAGUGGCACUGAAAGCGUACUGGGAGAGCCUAUUCGAGCAGGCUGAUGGGGUCUCAUCCCUCAAUGAUGUGACCCUCACAGCGUACUCCUCCUUCUUUAGACUGGGCCUCCGUAAGCAGGAGACCACUCAAAGCAGUUCUGAGGCCUGCAGGUUUGAACCUAUUGGCUACACCGUCUCUGUGCACCUGUAUUUUUAUGAUGACCGUUUCCAGGGUUACCUGGUCAGGCAGGAGGUGCAGAAUGUGGUGACCAGGUCCCGUGAGAUGCUGGAGGUGUGGGCUGUUCCUCAAGCAACUCUGCAGCUGGAACACAACCUUCAUGAGUUUGAGCGCCUCAAACACCUUGAGGUCGGAACCGAGUGGGACCCAAAGGAGCGAAUCUUCCGUAACUUCGGUGGUGUGAUGGGACCUCUAGAUGAGCCGGUGGCAGUUCAGAAGUGGGCUCGUGGACCCAACCUGACAGCCACCAUAGUGUGGAUUGACCCAGCACACAUAGUAGCAGCCUCCUAUGACAUCAGCAUAGAUGUUGAGGCAGAGUUUACGCAAUAUAAGCCACCGCUUCAGCGCCCCCUCAGGCCUGGAGUGUGGACGGUGCGUGUGCUGCGGUUGUGGGAGCGUGUAGCAGAAGCUCGGUUUCUGGUCAUGCCUCUGGCCUUCAAGGGACGUGAGCCCCUGCGAACAGAAGACCAUGGUUGGGUACACGCAGGUCCACCAGGUAACGUGUAUUUGGAUCAAAGCUUCCAGCAGCUCACCCACGUGUUGAAGCUGCCGCCCAGUGAGCCCGCCCUGCAGGAGGCGCAGAAGAAGACCUCCCUGGUGGGGAAGCCGCUGGAGACCUGGGUGGACAGCUCUGUCGGGGCUUUCUGGGUCACGGGAGACAUUUGCUCUGAGCAGACCUCCUCCUGUCCCACCAUAGGACUCUGCACAAAGACCUCUUGGAGUUCCUUGUCCCCUGACCCCAAAUCAGAACUGGGGCCAGUCAAAAAAGACGGUCGCAUUAGGUAGCCUUGCAAGCUCGAACAAAUGGAGCAGAGCGCCGAAGGCCCUGAAGAACUGUCCACAAGAGUGAAGAUUACGAGUCGUGGUCUUUCAGAUCAUCCCAUUACUAGUCAAGGCACCUUCUGUUGAGGGUGGGAACUGGUUGAGGGUGAAUCUACGAGAGAGAAAAAACGUUUAAAUUUGCACAAGAAGACUGCCAGAAGUGGACAUGUGUGAGUCUUGCUUUUAUAAAUCAAUGUUUAGAUGUCAUCUAAAUACGUUGUUACAAGGUUCGGAGUCUUAUUAGCACAUAGUUUACGGUGUGGGUUUGUGAUACAAAGACCCAAAUCUCAACGAUUUUACACUUUUAUUCUUUGUUACGAGAAAAAAUCUGCACAUUAUUUUCCUCUGUAAGACAGUGGUCGAAAUUGGUAUUUGAAGCUGUUGGAGGCAAGUGGCUGGAGUCCUCUGGCUGUAUCGCAAUGCUUAUUUUGAAGCAUUAAUAUCAAAACUUCGGAAUCAGAUUGAAGAAGUGCACUUUACUGUAAGAAAGAGCUCCCGCCUGAUUGGCUGAGUCAGCAGAGGAGGCGGAGCUUGUAGAAUUGUCAUGAAUUUCUGCCAAUGGAUUGAUAUGUUCUCUCACUUUACGUGAUUCAGCUGCUCGGAGACGCAGCACUGCAUGGACUCAUCGUAUACAGCAACAAAACAAACACUAAUGAAAUCCUGUCCGUCACGAAACAAGAGUCUGAGUUUUGUAAUACUGUGACUUUGUCGUCGUUGAAUGUCCUUUGAGUUGAAAAACUCCUCAUCUGGAGGACCUGCUUUGUCCGUUACUGCAACGUUUGCUCAGCGGCGCACAAAUCGCAAAGUACGAGGAUGUGGAUUGAAAUGAUUGAGACUGCCUGAAGAUCUGACCCUGCUGAAGAUCAGUCCGUGAUCUGUCGCUCAUGCAUACACUUGUGCUUGUAUACCGUGUUACAGUAUUUCACACUUAAUUCUGGUCUUCCACUAGUUUGGUUCUCAACUACGAAUAAUUUUUAACACUCUGUCCUGAACUGAAGCUGGUGUAGAACAGCAGAAGAGCUGGAGACUUGAGUUACACUUGCUGCUCCAGUGUACACAUUUAAAGGAAUAUUUCACAUAAUCAUGUCAAUCUUUUUGACUUUCUUCUGUGGAACACAAAAGAAGACCUUACAAGCAAUGGUCAGAUGAUUGAAUGAAUGGAAAUGAUUUGUUUGCUAUAUUUCAAGUCUUGAGAAACAAAGUUCUCCCCCUCCUAUAUACAGUGGGUACGGAAAGUAUUCAGACCCCCUUAAAUUUUUCACUCUUUGUUAU